UCCCCAAGGUCCCUGCGGCCGCCACGAGGGUAUUUAAGGCUCGGAGUCCCUGAAAUCGGCCCAGAGAAGAUGCUGACCCUGCUGAUCGCCGUCCUGUUGGUGGCUGGUGCCUCCGGGUGUGGGCAGCCAGCGUACUCUCCCCACAGCCGUGUGGUGAACGGCGAAGACGCCACGCCUUACAGCUGGCCUUGGCAGGUCUCCCUCCAGUACGAGAAGAAUGGUGUCUUCCGCCACACCUGUGGAGGGUCCCUCAUUGCCCCCAACUGGGUCGUAACAGCUGCCCACUGCAUCUCACGAUCCCGCACGUACAAGGUGGUGCUGGGGGACUACGACCUCACUGUGGAGGAAGGGCCCGAGCAGCACAUCCCCCUGAAUCCCGAAGAGAUUUUUGUGCAUCCCCGCUGGAAUCCCAGCUGUGUGUCCUGCGGCAACGACAUCGCGCUGCUGAGACUCUCCCACCCGGCGCAGCUGAACGACAAAGUCCGCCUGGGCUGCAUCCCCACGGCAGGGUCUGUCUUGCCCAACGGAUACCCUUGCUACAUCACCGGCUGGGGACGCAUUUCCACUGGGGGGCCUCUGCCCGCAAAGCUGCAGCAAGCCCUUCUGCCCGUGGUGGACUACGAGCACUGCAGCCAGCCUGACUGGUGGGGAAGCGUCGUCCGGCAGACCAUGAUUUGCGCUGGGGGAGACAUCCAAUCCGGCUGCAACGGUGACUCCGGCGGCCCCCUCAACUGCCAGGACAAAGACGGCCAGUGGUACGUCCAUGGGAUCGCCAGCUUCGUUUCCGCCUUGGGCUGCAACGCCUUGAAGAAACCCACCGUCUUCACGCGGGUCUCUGCUUUCGACAGCUGGAUUCUGCAGACGCUCAGGGGGCAGUGAGGAAGAGAACGGGCUGACCUCCCAGUGCCAGAAUAAAGCCGUUGUGGAAAUGCCA